GUUGUGCAGAGUCUUAAUUUUAAAAUCCAUGGAUCAAAAGGGGAAAGUGAAAUAUUUGAGGUACAAGCAUUUCUCAAUCCACGAUGACAAGGAGAAUGAAGUUUGCUGUGGUGUAUGUGAGAAACACGUUUGCGGUCCAUCAUAUGAAUGCAUUAGAUGCAAAUUCUUUAUCCAUCAAGAUUGUAUUGAACCUGUAGAAGAAGGGCAACAUCCUUUUCAACCGCAUGAUAAUGAUAGUCUAAUUGGCGUAUCAAGAAAAACUCUUCCUAGAAAAAAAUUUACAUGUAAUGCUUGUUCUUGCAAGAGUUGCUUUGGUUUUUCCUAUCGUUGUGAAGAAUGCAGCUUUAAGUUGGAUGCUAAUUGCGCCUCAUUAAAGCCUUCGAUAAAGUAUAAAGAUCACGAGCAUCUCCUUACUUACUUCGAGAAAGUGUAUGAUGACCCUCAGUGUGAAGUUUGCAACAAUAGCUAUACUGAUGUCUCGUAUUUGCGAUGUGUAGAGUGCGACUUCAAUGUCCAUCUCUUGUGUGUUCCACUACCGAGUACCAUUACGCAUAAAUGUCAUAUCGAUCCCCUUUACCUUAGAGAUUAUUUUGUGGAAGAUGAUUCAGGUGAGUACUAUUGUGAUGCUUGUGAGAACAGGAGAACUCCAUGGGAAUGUGUUUAUCACUGUGCAGGAUGCGGUAACUACGUGGCACAUAUGAAUUGUGUGAUUGAUGAGGUGUUACUUUCACUAAGUGGGAAGCGUGGAGAUGUGGAGUUGAGAAUAGUGGAUAGACACAAUAUUGAUGAGAAGAUAUCAGAAAGAGGCUUGACCUUAAAAGAAAUAUUUAACUCUUCUAAUGAAGAUGAGAAAAGGGAAUUCGAAGAUGCAGAAGCUGCUAUAGUAGAUUUGGUUGGAGAGAUAAUGUCUAAAGCUGACUCUGGGAAUAGGGAUAGUAUUCUUGAAGAUUUGGUAAAUUCAGAUGAGACAUUCAUACUGAUUUUAAAGAAUCUCAAGUAUCCCAUGAGAGAGGAGGAUAUUUCGAAUUUGAAAUUUUCGGAAUUCGAGUUGGAACUUGUAAAAGUCAGGAACUACAUGGUCUCUCAGAACUGUGCCCAUAUUCUAGAGUCGUUAUUUGUCAAAUACAGGGAUUUCUGUGCAAGCUCCACUUCAGAUGAGACAUUCAUACCCAUGUUAAAGAAAGAUAUUUCGAGAAUGACAUUUUUGGGAUUGGUGUCAGAACUUGUAAAAGUCAGGGAAUACAUGGUCUCUCAGAACUGUGCCCAUAUUCUAGAGCCACUAUUUGUCAAAUACUGGGCUAUCUAUGCAAUCGCCACUUCAGAUGAGAUAUUCAUACCCAUUUUAAAGAAUAUUAAUCAUCCUAUGAGAGAGGAUAUUUUGAAUAUGACAUUUUUGGAAUUGGAGUCAGAAGUUGUAGAAGUCAGGGACUACAUGGUCUCUCGGAACUGUGCCCCUAUUCUGGAGUCCUUAUUUGACAAAUACGGGGAUAUUAGUGCAAGCUCCACUUCAAAUCCAAGGACAAAGAUGCGUGUCCUUAACAUUGUUGGUGGGGUUGCACAAAGCAUGUGCAACACCAUGGUUAAGGACAUCACUCCUUAUUUACUUUUCAAUUGGUGGAAGAACUUUCAACUGGCGCAGCAUGUUGGGUUCAAUGUUCAGUUUGCCUUUGACCAUUUGUAUAGACUUGCGCAAGCACAGUUUCGUAUGGAGGGAGAAUUUAAAGCUGACUCGAGACUUUUAGAAUCUCAAAUCAAGAUUGAGGAGCUUGUACUAUCACAGGAAAUUAAAUUGGAGAAAUUCAAAGAUGAACAAAAGCAGCUUAUACAAUCUAAAAAAAGAAGAUCAAUAAGUGAGAAGGAUCGCUUGAUUCAGGACAUGGAAUCAAGGUUGAAGACUGCAGGGAUGGGUUUGCUGUGAUAUCAAAGUUGGAUGAGGAUUUUGUAAAAGCAUUAGCAGGUUCUUUCUGGAAUCUUUAGUUUUCUUUUUGAGAUUUUAUUUGCAAUUUUGUGGUCCUUCUUGUUGGUCUUGCUGGUCCUUGUUGAUCUUUCUUUUCUU